CUCUUUUUUUGUUUUCACCUUCUCACUACAAAAUACAAAUGUAAAAAGCCUCUCAUGGUCCUUGGAUCCCAAUUGCCAAUACUUACUUUCAAUUGACAACUAGUACUUUAUUUUUUUCCUUUUUUCCCCUCUAACAUAGUUCACAAAAAUCUUGGGUUUCACACCCAAACAUACUUCAAUUCUUUGAUCUUCCUCAUGUCCUAUACUUUCAACUGUCAUUAAUAAUGAACCAGAUUUCCAUGCUAUCAAUCACUUUCCAAUCCAACACCUUCCACUCAGAUCUUAAUUCCUUGUUUUUUACUCAUUCACACAAUCCAAGAAUGUAUUAAUCUAUACUGUCAUUCAUAGUGGUUCUCUCACUAAGCUCUCAGAAAAUAAUCAAACUUUUGGUAGAAUGAAAAACACCCACAUGCUGAAACUAGUAGUUGGACUAGCUUCAACAAUCUUGUUGAUAAUUCUCAUACUUUACUUCUUCUUCUACCGCAAAAGAGUGUUGAGAAAUGGUGGUGAAGAUAUAGAAAUCAUGGAAAAGGGUCAUGGAGAUGAGGAAAUGAUAGAGAACCUGGUGACUUUCCAAGAUGGUGAAGACCUCGCAAUCAGUGACAUAUUGGAUGCUCCUGGAGAAGUCAUAGGAAAAUCCAACUAUGGCACACUGUACCAGGCCUUGUUGCAGCGAAGCAACAAGUUGAGGCUGCUGAGGUUUUUAAGGCCAGUGUGCACUACAAGAGGUGAAGAAUUUGAUGAUGUGAUUCAGCUUCUGGGGUGUUUAAGGCAUCCCAACUUGGUUUCUCUUCUUGGAUUCUAUGCAGGGCCAAGAGGUGAAAAGCUUCUUGUUCAUCCAUUUUAUAGGCUGGGCAAUCUGGCAGAAUUCAUUAGAGAUGGAAGCGAUGAAUCUCACAAAUGGGCCAUCAUUUACAGCAUCUCCAUUGGUAUAGCCAAGGGAUUGGAACAUCUCCAUACAGGAUUUCUGAAGCCUAUAAUCCAUGGAAAUCUCAAGUCAAAAAACAUACUUUUGGAUCGAAAGUACCAACCAUACGUCUCGGAUUUUGGACUAUAUCUUCUGUUGAAUGCUACUGCUAGCCAAGAAAUGCUUGAAGCUUCAGCAGCUGAGGGCUACAAAGCCCCAGAGCUGAUCAAAAUGAAGGAUGCAAGCGAAGAAACUGAUAUAUACAGCCUUGGGGUAAUCUUACUUGAACUGCUUUCAGGGAAGGAAGCAGUCAAUGAGAACCCAACCUCUGAUGAGGAUUUUUACCUUCCUAACUUUAUGAGAAAUGCAGUUCUGGGGCAUAGGAUUGGAGACUUAUUCCAUCCCAACAUACUUCUAAGAGACAGCAAUGAUGAUCAAAGCUGGGUUACUGAAGAAUGCAUUCUCAAAUUCUUUCAGCUUGCUAUGGCUUGUUGUUCUCCUUCACCUUCUCUCAGGCCAAAUAUUAAGCAGGUCCUUUGGAAGCUUGAAGAUAUUAGAAAAUAAGAAGCUUUAGGAUUUUGCAGAGGUACCGAUGGUAGGUCAUUGUGACAAUUGAUUUUGGGAUAUUUAUUGUAUAUCAAUUCUCCAAAAUCAACAUGGUUGAUGACAAUGACAAAGAUGGUGUCAUCAAGGUAUAUAUGAAAAGCGUAAAUGAGUAUACUCUCAAAGCCAAGUAGUUGA